UACGUCUACAGCACCAAAUCUUCACUCUCUCCAGAAAUGGUUUUAUCAACAGAAGGCCGAGUCCGUACAGAUACCGAUGUCUAAUCCAUUUCCGCCACCGCUAAGCGCCGUCGUCGGCGGCGGUGACGUCACUCCUCAACAAAUUCCGCUUUUACCGCCGCCUAACACCGACUCGUUUUCGUCGUCUUCCUCUGAAUCAGCCGCCUCCUCCUCCGCCGCGCCGCCGGUCUCCGCUAUUAUUGUGAUAAUCGUGAUCGCCUCCGCCGUGACAGUCGCCGUCGCUGUUUACCUACUCCGCCACAUCUCCAGAAGGUUCUCGAAUACCUACCGCGACGACGCCGUUUCGCUCCCAAGCGGUUCUCCUAACGUGAACGGUAACCGUCCGAUGCGCCACGUGGCGCCUUCUGGAAUGCUCGAUUCGCUUCCGGUAUUCACCUUCCGCUCCGUCAAUGGAAACCUCGCCGGCGGCGACUGCGCCGUCUGCCUCUGCAAGUUCGAGGCGGACGAUCAGCUCCGUCUUCUUCCGCUCUGCUGCCAUGCCUUCCACGCCUCGUGUAUCGACGCCUGGAUCGUGUCGAAUCUCACCUGUCCGCUCUGCAGGUCCGCCGUGCUCUGCUCCGACGCCGAUUUGCUCCGCAAAAUCGAUUCCGGCGAGAAUGGAAACAGGAGCGGCGGAAGUUUCAGAAUCGAGAUCGGAAGCAUCAGCCGCCACGGUGGCGGAGGCGCGGCGGAGGCGGCGGAAGGAGAUCGGAGAUCCUAUUCCAUAGGCGGUUCCUUCGAAUACAUUCUAGAUGAAAACGGUUACGAGAUUCCGGCAGGAUCCACCGUUCAUCGGAGAGGAACUUCCGAUUGCACCUCGCUUGACAAGGAAUCUUCCGUCGGAAUUCCGACGCCGCAGCCGCCGGGAGAGAUCCUGGCGGCGGAGGUUGCCGGCGGCAGGAACUGGCUGCGGGAGCUAACAUCACGCUCCUUUUCAUCACGCACUAUGUCGUUGAGGAGCUCUGGAAGAUUCUUCGCCGGAAGCAGUCGCCGGAGCGAACACUUGGCGGCAGCGCCGGAGGAUGUGGAGGCGAACCGUGUCGGAGAAGAAAUCAGCGAGUUCUUUCGGUGGCUUUCGGGGGUAUAGCUGUAGAUACUUCUUACCCUGAGGGUAAAAUGGUAAAUUCACUCUUUCCUAUUUCUUUGUAGAAAUUUUCGAAAUCUGGAAUGCUGCGUGCGUGCGGACAAGUAUUACUUAUAUUACAACAUUAUUAUUAUUAUUAUUAUUAUCUUCAAUAUCCUUAAUUACACAAGAAAUGGAAAUAUUGGAUACAAAAUGUCAAAAUAUAUAGUUAAAUUGAGGAUUGCUUAUAUUUACAAAUUGUUUUAUUC